AACGGUGUGUAAAUUGAAAAAGAGAAAACUACUGACAUAGGAUUUAACCGGAUUUAUAAAAAUUGAGAAGAUAAUCGAUCCUAUACUACUAAAUGAGAAUCGAACUUCGAUUCAUCGUUUCAACACUAGCUUUCCCGAAUGGCUAGUCAAUUGUGUCGGCACAGGAUGCCAGAGAUGGUGAAGCGUACGGUGUAAAAUGUUGUGUUAUCUUCGGGACAGGUGAUUGAACGUAGGCAGGAAAUCGGUCGACAUGCCGAAAAAGUUUGUGGGUGAGAAUAGCAAGGCGGUUGCCGCCCGAGCUAGAAAAGCGGCGGCCAAAGAAGCCGAAAAUAUAAAAAAAGCACUGGAAGCUGAGGACCGAGCCUGGCAAGACGAUGACAAACAAUUAUUAAAGAAAAAACAAAAACAAGAAGAAGUUGAGAAAAAGCGCCAACAGCAGUUGGAAAAGAAAGCGGAGGCAAAAGCUAUGCUUGAGAAAGAAAUGGCAAAUAUAAAGGUCGGUGGUAAACAGCCGGCAUCCAAAGUUACAAGAGCUGAGAUUGUCGCUAUUACUGAGAAGCGAAACCAGGUAGCUAUGAAGAAGAAAGAAGAUGAAAAACCGAUCGAGGAGAACAUAAACAGAAUAACUCUGGAAGGUGAAAUGGCUCACGGUAUAGACGAGGCUUUAUCUGUUUUGAGUUCGAAAGAUCCCGAAAUCGACCGACACCCGGAGAAACGGAUGAAAGCCGCGUACGCGAACUUUGAGGAGAAAAUGAUGCCUGUGAUUAAAGAGCAAAAUCCUACUCUGAGAUUGAGUCAGCUGAAGCAGAUCCUUAGGAAAGAAUGGAUGAAGUCGGCUGAAAAUCCACUUAAUCAGAAGUUACAGAACCGUUGAUGACUGUUUCAAACGUACUCAAAUAACUCUGGUAACGAGAAUGGACUGGAAUAAUUGUCGCAACGACACGAUGAACUGCAUACAGUUUUAUUGAUAAAACGAAUAACUUAGACUAAAAAUAUACCAUAUGCGCGUAUGAAAUAGAUGUGUAUGAUAUAUAUAAACGAUCUUUGGUCAAAUCUA